GUUCGCGCAAACCAUGUUGUCUGCCUCUUCAUGGUACAGAGCAAGGCAAAAGUCGAGGACAAACACGCGACCCCGCAUGCGCCGUGUUCCCGCUGCGCGCCGCGUGUUUGAUUGUCCAUCAAUCACGGCGCACGAGCGCUUCUGCGGGACGUGCGUGCUACUUGUCCGCGCAUCCCUUGCUCAGACGAUCUCCCCUCACGCUUCUUACGAACCGACAAGACUACUGACGACGACGACGACCUUAACGCGUCCAGUACACGAGUCCCCACGUUCGAUCCCCGAUGCCGACUGGAAUAGCGGACCUCACGGAGGGUUCUGGGGCAGCGACGCCGACGAGGAAACCGACAACAAAGAAGACACGGAAGGAUACUAUCCUCAGUCUCGUCGAAGCGCUACUGCAGGACGGAGCCAAUUCUGACAGUGCCCAAGGAGAGCACGUCUUUGAGGAUGAUCACGACGUCCCCACCGUCGACGAGCACCUCCAGGUCCGCGGCGCCGAGGAGUUCCGUGCGUUCGAAAAGCGCGUCAACGCAUUGGACAAAGAGCUGCGCAACUUCGCCCACGCCUCCCGCCAGCUCGGAUCCUCCGUCGCUAUCCUCUCCUCCGCUUUCUACCUGCGCGAGCGCCUCGCCCAGAUCCUCGUCCUCUUCCACGAGAACGCGUCCGACCUCUUCCCCCGCAAGAUCCAGCACAGGAAGCCGCCUCCGGCCCCCGCGGAGUCCGUCCCAAACCGGCGCAAGCGUCGUGUGCGCGAUGCGCAAAGCAAGAUCAACCCACAUGUCGCUCGCCCAGCCGUCAAGGAAGACCUCGAUCUUGAACACUUCCCUGAACAGUUUGAAGCGCUGGCGGUAGAUGUGAAGAAGUUCGUGCAAUCGUUGAACGAAUUCCCCGAAUUCAUGGACGACGCAGUGAAUGCGAGCGUGGAGGCAUUCGAGGGCGAUCUUAAGUAUUGGGCAUCCUGCCUGCGCGAAUACGAAGGCCAAUUUCGAUAUCCCGCGGUCCAACGCUACGUGCACGAUCUCUGCUCGGAAAUGGGCUCUCACUUGGACAACAUCACAUCUACUUUAUGCAUGUUCAUCGAAGUCGGCGUCCCAACCAUCCGCUUCGCACAGAAGCACGGUGCAAACAAUCUCCUCAACUUGUCUACCGUGGCCACCUUUUUCUCAGCGGUCACCGCGACAACGAUGCAGUUCUCAUAUGAGUUGCCGUCGGACAACGCUGUUUCUGUCGCCGUCAAUUGCUUCUGGUUUGGAUCCUUGGUGUUCAGCAUUGCUGCAGCGGUCAACUCGCUGCUGGGUCUGACUUGGAAGCAAGCCAUGUACCGUAGUCCGGGUCACAAGGUUCCUUGGUGGGUCUCGAUCUGGAUCAAGCGCUCGCCACUCGUCUUCCUGGUCAUGUCCGUGGCGUGCUUCUCGAUUGGGCUCUGUUGUUUCUCGUACGCAUCGCUGCAGAAUAAUGUCACCUCGGUACUAACCACUAUUCUAACUGUCAUUACCAACUUCGGUCUUGCAGCCGUCUCCGCCUGGUUCGCAACGGAACGCUACAUCUUCCUUCGCCAUCGUGGCCGCAAAUGGCUCAGCGACGUCCUCCGCGAGAACAACGUGAAAUUCCUCAACCUGCCCGCCAUCCGCGCGACCCGCAAGGCCUUCCACACGACCACGCGGCCCAUCACGAAGGCCUCGCGGACACUCUACCUCCUCAGCGCCAAGACAAUCAGCAUGCUGUCUCUGAGCGAGUCCGACCGCAGCGACGACCUCGAGUCCGCCACGCUGCCCACGCACCGCAAGGAGAGCACGGAGGGGAGCACGAUGCGCCCGGCACGCCCCUCGGACGUCACCGGCAGCCCAUCGCCCGUUUUGGACCGCCGAUCGACGAGUCCGUUCACGCCACCGAGCUCGCCCACGCCGCUGCUGCGCAGCAAUGGCUCGGUGGUUGGCGUCGUUGGCGCGGCGAUGCAGGCGGCCGGGAUCGACGAGCUUCCGCUGCAACCGAGUAAGGGUCGGCAGCUCUGGCGGAAUGCACUGCGGACGAUCCGCCUUGCGAAUGCUGGUGCGGCGUCGCCGACCGCGGUGUCCUCGCCGCGCUCGCCCCAGCGGCAGCGGACGUCGUCGAGUACACCGGGAAUGUCGGAACCGAUCAAGGUUCCGCCGAGCAAGAGCAGGGUCACAGUUCUGGUGCAGAAACUGAGGGAGCUGGAGCCAACGCAGGAGAUUGCGGCACACAGCGCACUCGUACGGCACUUACAGUUCUCUCCGGAUGGAAAGUACCUCGCUACCAGCAGCUGGGAUCGCACAUCUAUCGUGUUCAAAGUUGGUGAUCCGCUUGUGCCGCAUCGUACGCUUGCCCACACCCAAGGCUUCGUAGGACAGGUCGCUUGGUCACCCAAGGGCAACCUGCUCCUCACCAAGUUCAGCCGCGGCAUGAAAGUAUGGAUGGCGGAGAACGGCGUGUGCAUGCGAACUAUCGACCGCGGCAGGAAUGUGGAGUCGAUCACUUGGUUCCCGGAUGGCAAUGCAUUCUUGUCUGUGGAAACUGACUUGACCGAUGGCAUGGUCGGCACGGUGGUGACGAAACUGAAUAUCAAGGGCAGGAUCUUGGAUCAAUUCCAUCUCGAACGCGUGAAACUGCACGACGUCGCGGUCACCCCCGACGCCGUGCGCUUCAUCGGUGUCGGCCCGCUAUUAUCUUCACAAGACGGGCUUAUUCCAAAGAAGUCCCGUGCAGAAAAGCGGCUAAUAGGUAAGUUUGGCCAGACCAGCUAUAUAUCCUGGCUCAUCAUCGUCACAGUAUACAACAUGGAAACGAACAAGGUCGAGAACCAGACACCGGUGCUGAACGACGUCCGCGAUAUCACGAUCUCCAGAAAUGCGAAGCAUAGCUUAACGGCUUUAGUUAGCUACGAGAACAAGGCACCGCCGCAACGCUGGAAGAUGGAUCUCGUCAAGGACAUGAAGGACCCGACUCAGCAAGCAAUGAUUGGCCGACUCAGCUUAGUUCACACGUACAUGCCGAAGGACUCUUCUACAGACUUCGCGGGUCAGAGCUACUUCGGUGGGAAGAACGACGAACUGGUGCUCUGCGCAGGCAAAUCCGGCGAGAUCAACAUCUGGGAUGCGGAAUCCGGUGCAUUGUUGCAUCACGUCCGCGGCGACGAGAUUGGCGGCGACCUCACCACCCUCGGCUGGAACUACGCCGUCGACGAUCCCUUCAUGUUCGCCGUCGGUAGCCACGACGGCGCCGUGCGCAUCUGGACUAAGCCCAACCCGAACAACCUCGUCGUCACGCUCCCGUCCGUCGACAGCCCGCGCGACGUGCUCGUCCCUAGCGUGUCCAGGCAGCGCUCGCGGUCGAUAUCGCCCUAUCCAGAGAUCACAAUGUCGCGAACGGACAGUCCAGUCAGCCAGGACUACGAGUCGUUCGUGGAUGCGGAAACGGACCAUCCGCCGCAAGGGCGGACCGUGACGUUCAGUGAUCAUCCGUUUCUGGGUGGCUUGACGCCGCCGGAUCCAGUGGUGACCAAGCAAGAGCAGGAUCGCAGGUUGAGCUAACCGACGGGUUGCGAGCAUCCCUCGCGACGCUGCUAUCGUGCUCUUACUAGGUUAAUCGGUUUUGAAAGACAAAGAAAGCUGUACUGUUAGUUGCGGACCCGCUGUGCGGUUUCAACUGGAUUCUGAAGGGGGUUUCUUGGUUCGGACAGGCUUUCCUACGAAGCACUCACCUACGUACUUACGAUUUUAGAAGAUUCACCCACGACUCUACGUUGCUCCUUAGUUACAUACCUUAUUGCUAUCUGGGGCGUUAUGCUAUCGAUGUGCGCCGCAGAGCGACGCAGGCUUUCUUUUCUAUAUCCGGAACUCGAG